AUGCACGCGCCUCAGGUUGCUGCUCAGCAGUAUCAACCUCAAUAUGCUCCAGCUCCUCAAAUAGCUCCUCAGCCAAUUCCUCAACAAGCACCUGUUCAACCCAUGUAUGCACCUGCUCCUCAAGUUGAUGCUUAUGGCCAACCAAUUCCUCAACAAGCACCAGUUCAGCCUAUGUAUGCUCAAAAUGCCCAAGUUGCGCAACCAGCUUUAAAAGUUGAAACAGAAAAAGUCGCUCUCAACCCUGAUGAGUUUCCAGAGAUUCCAGAAAAAGCGCCAAAACUGAAGAAAAAAGCAAUUCUUAAGAUGCUCAUUUUAACACCACCAAUGAACUUUGCUGGAUGGCUGGAACAGGCCAUGUCUGAAGAAGCUCAAGCGGGUGGCGAAGAACCGGAGGAAUUUUACGCUGAUGACAUGAGCUGUGGGCUGACUGUCAAAUCGAACGGAUUUCCUCUUUACUACUACCUCAACAUCCUCGAUAUUGACCCUGAGUGCGGAGACUACCUUCAAAUUGAAACAGUUGAAGAAAAUAUUUGUGGAUACUCCUAUCUUUCGAAUGAUGUAAUGGGUUUAAACAUGAUUCUUGGAUGGUCGACUGAUCAAACUGAAAUCGACGUAUACUGGCAUAGCGAUGAGAAUCCCAACGAAGACCAGCAUGCUGGAUUUGAACUGUGGAUUUGGGAAGAAGAUCCAAAUGCACGAUCCAUCUCUUCAUCGAACUCGACUCUCAAUGAGUCUCUCAUCACCACAAAGGAUCCUGCACAACGACCCACAAGAAGUCAAAUUUCGAAACUCAAGAAAGAAGCGGAAAAACGAUUUAAAAAUAUUGAUCGAUAUUAA